AUGGUCAACGUGGACAUCAGCCCCAGCGUGGUGCUCGGGGUGGGCCUCAUCGGCGCCGGCGUCUCGCUCUGGCAGAUCCGCAGGGUCAAGCCCUGGAUCUCCAAGGACUACGAUGUGGUGGUGUCCUGCAUCUCGCUGCUGGUGGGAGGCAUCCUCAUCUUCCAGGGCUGGCGCCUGGACCCGCUGCUGCUGUUUGGCCAGCUGAUGACCACGGGGGCGGCGGUCAGCUUUGCGAUAGAGGCGCUGCGGCUGCGGUCUGAGCAGUAUGAAAGCGAGGAGAAGGCGGCACUGCAGGAUGUGUUCAAGCGCAGGGGCCCCGGCGGCGGCGGCGAGGGCGGCGCCUUCCAGCUGCCGCCGCCCGACCCGCAGGCGGCGGCGCCCUGGGGCGAGCAGGGCGGCGAGCAGGGCUGGGCCGCGCAGCGGCAGUGGGAGCAGGAGCAGCAGCAACAGGAGGGCGCCGGGUUUUUCGACUACCAGCAGCCCGGCAGCGCAGAGGGCUACGACCCGCAGCAGCAGCAGCAGCAGUACGGCAGCAGCGCGGAUGCCCAGUGGUACUACGGCGACAACGGGCAGUACCAGGUGGCCGACUACCCGGUGCCUGGCUCUGCCGGCAGCGAUGCAGGCAGAGGAGCCUUCGCCUCCAGCCGCGGCCGCAGCGACGGCGGCGGCCCCGCCGAGUUUGUGUUCCCCACUAGUUAUGGCGACGAUGCGUCAGGCGCUCCUGGCGAUGGCAGCUGGGGAGCCCCCGGCGAGGGCCAGCAGCCGCAGUGGGGGCCGCCAGGGCAGCAGCAGCAGCAGCAGCCUCCGCCGGCUGCACCUGGGCGUGGUGGCAGCGGGUACGAAAUGGACGAUUGGUAG